AUGGCACAAAUUCGUGAGUUGGUAGAGCUUCCCUUGAGGCAUCCACAACUCUUUAAGUCGAUUGGUGUGAAACCACCCAAAGGUAUUCUACUUUAUGGACCCCCUGGUUCCGGGAAGACAGUGAUAGCAAGAGCUGUUGCUAAUGAAACGGGAGCUUUCUUCUUUUAUAUAAAUGGACCGGAGAUUAUGUCCAAACUGGUAGGAGAGAGUGAAAGCAAUAUGAGGAAAGCAUUUGAAGAGGCUGAAAAGAAUGCACCAUCCAUCAUCUUCAUUGAUGAAAUCGAUUCUAUUGCACCCAAGAGGGAGAAGACACAUGGUGAAGUUGAAAGGAGGAUUGUUUCAUAG